AUGAAGACUUGUUACUACGAGCUCCUCGGAGUGGAGUCUACGGCGACGGAUGUAGAGCUCAAAAAAGCAUACAGGAAAAGAGCUCUUCAACUCCACCCGGAUAAGAAUCCCGAUGAUGUAGAAGCAGCGACCAACAGAUUUGCUUUAGUCAGAGCAGCUUACGAAGUCCUUAGUGAUCCUCAGGAGAGAUCGUGGUACGACGCCCAUAAAUCUUCGAUUCUACGUGACGAUGACGAGUAUGUAGAAGAAGAAGCAGAUAUGAUAAUUCCCAGUAUUUCGACUGAAGAGCUAAUGAGAUACUUCAAUCCUGCCUUGUAUUCGCGAAUGGAUGAUUCCUUGGAAGGCUUCUACAGUGUGGUUUCAAGAUUAUUUGAGAGAUUGGCAGCAGAAGAAGUAACUCAUGGAAAAGCUCUGGAUUCAAAGACCUUUUCCAAGUAUAAGGAUGAUGAUACCGCGAACAUUAAUGUAACAGACUCUUCGUUUCUUUUGUUUCCAAGAUUUGGGAAUAGCAGAGCAGAUUAUGCCUCAGAAGUAAGACUGUUCUAUAAUUUGUGGAACAACUUUGCCAGUGUGAAGACAUUCAACUGGAAGGAUGAAUAUAGAUACUCUAUGGCUCCAGACAGACGUACGAGAAGAAUGAUGGAGCGUGAGAACAAGAAAGCAAGAGAUACAGCCAGAAAGGAGUAUAACGAAACAGUCAAGAAUUUUGUUCUGUUUAUAAGGAAGAGAGACCCAAGAGUGAAAGCAGGAGUUGCCGAAUUUGAGAAGAUGAAGAAGAAACAAAAGCAGCAAGAAUUAGAAAAGCAAGCCAAGCAGCAGCGAGUCCGCGAACUUUUGGAUAAUCAUAAUAAAUUCGAAGCUCAAGAAUGGCAACAGUUGUCACUUGAGGAGUUGAAUGAUUUGGAACAUAUGCUAGAGGAAGAGUAUGAUAUCAGCUCUGAUUCCUCGGACAGUGAAUACGAUGAGUUUGAUAAUCCUUUAGAAGACAACGAGAUUCAGGUAUACGAAUGUUUUGUGUGUAAUAAAGAUUUCAAAAAUAAGAAUCAGUUUGAGGUUCACGAAAGCUCAAACAAACAUAAAAAACUUCUCAAGAAAUUGAAGUGGGAGAUGAAAAAAGAAGGGAUAGAUUUAGGGAUAGACAAGCAUGACCUCGAUUUGGAUGACUUUGAGACUGCCAGCAGCGAGUUUGAUUCGGCGCAAGAGGAAAUAGAGCAUGAGCUAGUACUGGAGGAUCAAUAUGUACUACAUGAAAACAGCGAUUGUCUGGAAGAUCGUUCUAAGAACGGGAAUACUAUUGAAGAAUCAACUGAAUAUGAAGUUGAUGACGAUGUCAAUAGCGAUAUAGAGCCUGAACUCACACGACAGAAACAGACAAAAAAGAAGAAUGCCAAUUCGUCUAGUGGUGAGAUCGUGUUAGAAGAAGUUGACGAUGAACUUGCAAAGCUAGCGAAGGGUAUGAAGCUUGAUGAUAGCGACGAGGAUGAUUGGUCUACCUCCAAGAGCAAAAAGAAAGACAAGAAAAAAAAGAAGACUAAGAAUAGUUUACAAAGCUCUAGAGAGCUGUCUGCUCUUCCUGAGGCUGAGACUCCUCCAGUAAAAGGAACCGAAAAGUGUACCGUUUGUAACGAAACAUUCACCUCGAGAAACAAACUCUUUCAACAUGUUAAUAGUACAGGGCAUGCUGCCUUGAAGAUGAAGGGUAAGAAGGGUAAAUCCCGGAAGUAAUCCUAUGCAUUUAUUUAUAACUUUCUGUAAUAAUAAUAACGGUAUAAAUUCUACUUUAAGCCUUCUUUAGACUUCUUCAUUUUAGCCAUAACUGGUUCACUGAUACCCUUAUUACCGUGAGCACCCAAACCUUCACCUUUGACCCAUCCUAACUUUUCAAGCAAUUGUCUACCGAUAUUGUCCUUGCUAAUUUCAGGAGCAGAAGCUCCAACAAUAUCACCUUCCUUGAAGGCUGGUCUAGUAGACUUGCCCCUUCGUUUGUCCUUUUUGCCGUCGGUUUCAUCAAUCUCUUCUUGAAGACGUUUUCUGUCGCUACGAUGGAAAAUCGGUCUCUGUUUCGUCAUAUGAUUAAUUUGAUCAUAUUGAGGAAGGUAGUGGAAAGUACUUCUUGAUUUCGAUACCUUCAUGUACUGUUUCAAGCCAUUGUUACCGCAUUUCUUAGAUUUCAUGUUAUAGCAUUUAGCCAUUUUGGCAACAGUCUUGUUUCCGUGAGGAUCUAGGGGCGGAAACGAUAAAGUGUCUCUUCCUCCAUCAUGCAAGAAAAGUUCAAAUUCUUUUCUAAAGUCCUUGAUAUGUAGUGAAAAUGGAUACAACGUUGUCAAAUCUCUCGUUAUCAAAGCCUGUUCCAUCUUAUCCUGUUGUUUCUUGUUCUUCUUGGACUUUUGGUUCAAUCUAUGAGCCUGGUACUGUUCGAGCAACGACUCUCUGAUAUCGUCUUCAAUAUCAUAGCCAUCUAGGUCAAGACCCUUUUUGCGACCGCUG